GUGCAGAACGCGUGCUCGCACGUGCAUCCCUUCUGGCGUUCUGACACACCCCUGUCUCGCGCGACACACUUUCCACACUUUCUAUUUUCACUACUCGGCUGUGUCUUCCGUUCAUAAGCCUCGCCAUCGCAGUUCACGAGAGAGAAAAAAAGCCACACCGGAUGAAGCCCACAUGAACUGGAAGCGAUUUAAUUCUGACUGUUUCUAAAUAUCCUUCGUUGUCUAAAGUUUUUAUUUUUGUUCACAACACUGCGCGUAUUUUCUUCCCCUCCCUUUUUUUUUUUUUUGCUUAAACUCGAGAAAUAGCACGCCAUGUAAUAAAAUGUAAACUUUUCUUUGUAGCUUCGCAGACAUUAACAUCGGACACUGUCACGCGCAGCGUUCUCGCAAUCGUCCCGACGAUUUGUUGCAAGCAUGUCGGAACCGAGAGGCAAAAGGCUGAAAACAAGUUUCCCCGUCUGCAAGACGCACAGGGCAGCAACCGGGAGCCGCGCGAAGCAGAAUCUCCCGGCUGUGGUCGAGGAGAGCGUGUGCGGUGUGACGACCUUCCUCUUGGAGGCUGCUUACCGUCUCGAAGCGCUGGCUAAAGUAUUCGAGCAGGACGACCACGCCUUGCCCCGCGUGGCGGCGUUUUUCAAGCGGGAGUCGGAGAGGGAGCAGGAGCGCGCGGAGGCCAUGAUGGAGUACCUGAACGAGCGCGGGGGGCAGUACUGCGGCAAGGACAUCCAGCGACCCGGGUGCGAGAGUGUGGGUGCGGUGCUGCAGGCCCUGGAGCUCAUCCUGGCGCAGUGGAAGGAGGUCGAGGACGUGCUGGUGGAGCUGGUCCGGUGCGCCAAGGAACGUGGCGACGCCCACACCGCCAGCGUGGUCAAGAGCCGCUUCCUGGGCCCGCUGGUGCCCCGGGUCAAAACGCUGGGCGACCUGGUCACCAGCGCCCGAAAAGCCGGCUGUGCCCCCGACGGGACCGGGGGGUUCGGGGAGUACCUCUUCGACCAGCUGCAGGAGGAGCUGACCAGCGCCUGAACCCCCCCCUCCACCCCCACCUCUCUGAGCCAUUCUCCGAUUUUCUUACAACCUCCCCCGUCCCCGCCCUCCCCCCCCAACCUCCCAUCGGAAGUAGCAGUCAGUAGCCAUCAUUCUCCACACUCAAUUUCGGCUAAAGCCGGGUUCAUUCUCUCCUCUAAACUGUACACGGUAAAAUGUUUAGUGUGCUCAUUGUUGAACUAUUCACUGUUAGUCCACACUGGAUAGAAAGUACUCUGUUAGUUUAAAAUGUGCUCUCUUAGAGUUAAAUUUAACAUGGAGUAAUUCCCAAAUGACUGCUUCUCAGCAAAGGGUAACAUUGAGAGAGAUGAACGGCACAAUUAAAAUGCCGUAAACUGAAUGACAGACAUCACAAAAUCCUCAUGCUAAUGCUAAAGACGUGUGACUGCUGGUAUGGAUUGCUGAAGGUGACCGCAGCUUUUGUUUUUUUUUAAUAGAACAAGGAAGCUGUUGUACGUGAGGUGUUUUGUAAAGUGUACGAUGUUAUAAAGGCUAAAGGAGCAUCUCUGACAGUCUCUCUUCGGAUCCAUUUGAGUGACACACAGCUUUCCUCGCCUGUGCCUCUCACUGUAGCAUGUCCCCAACCUGCUUUCCCAGUUAUUUUGUACUCUCAUGCACUCUUCAUUAAAAUUUAAAUCAUAUUAGAAUGCACUUUGCAAACUCCCUAUCUGUCAGCUAGACGACAGUGUGGGGAAACGUCUGGCUUUGGCACGGUACAUUUAUCUGUCUUCAUGGUGGACAUGCCCCCCCCUCCCCCUCCCCCCCCCCCCAAAUUUCGUUCCAGAAAUUUGAUUGAUUAAUUUGAAUGGCCAGUCAGCUUUAAGUAGAUGUUGUUCGCCUGAGAUGAAACGGCUUCUGGAUUCUGAUAGGAUCUCAGGUCACGACUGGACACACUGAUCGGAUGGGCAUUUGAAUUACUAAUUUUUCAGGACUUGUCAGCUGUUGGUGAGUUGUUUCCCAACGGUCAAUCCUAGAACCACAAGUGGACCCCGCUGCUUUAACCUAACACAGAAAUGUAUUCUGUAAUUCCCUUUAUAUUAGGUCUUUAUCAGUCAAUUUUUGUAUUUGAGCAUUUUGUCUUUGCACCUUUUCAAAUAAAGUUUUCCAAUACAAAUCAAAA